CUUCUCAGUCAGUUCUCACCGCUGCUGAUAAUUUUUUUUACUUUUUUUUGACAUUUAAUGUAUUGUUUCUACCUUCGAUAUUCGCGUGUAUUUACGUUCGAUAUUCAAUUCUAGUAAAAUAUUGAUAAUGUCAUCCUACGUGGACUGUGAAUGUUGCACUAAUAACCACUCAAAUAAUUACUAUCCUACAUCUGAAAAUCACUUUCAAAACAUGUGGUAUAGUUGGUGGUUAAACAGUCAGAAUGGUACACAUGGUGGAACAAAUCAAUCAGAAAAUAAUGGUGAAACAUGGUGCAUCACUUGUAUUGAGGAACAAAGAUUAAGAGAAGAACGUUUGAAUAGAUUGACCAAGAAACAGACAGAUGCAACUAAUGCCAAUGUCACUAAUUCUAUAUUACCAUCUAUUAAUUCCCAAAUGAUCAAUGCUAGAUGUGACAGAGUAGGAUAUGUUGAUGAUCGCAGGUCACAGGAUACUUGUGGUAUCUUACAAUAUGAAAGUGAAAAUGAAGAAGAGUUUGAAAUGGAAUUAAACAAUGAAUUUAAAAAGUUUCUUGAGCAAUCAGCUAGACAUAGAGAACAAAGAAAUAAGCAAAAAGAAGCAGACCUUGCAAAAGCUCAAAAAGAUGAUUAUAUUGAAGUAAAUGAAAUUGCACUUGAAGCAACAACUGUGGCACCAACACAGCAACAAGGUGCUUUGAGAAGUGAAGAAAUGAAAAUUUUGUAUGGUAUCUCAGCAUAUGAUAUUGAGAGUUUAGAAACUUCACUACAGUUACACUUCAAUAUGAAUGUAGAUAUGAGACAUCCAGUGUUUUGGCCAAGUAUCCCUCUAAAGUUUUGAUUAUAGCAUGCAUGACAUUUUUAACUUUGAUUCUUUCUAAACUAUACUGUAUAAUACAUAUGUUUUAAUGUGGAAAUUCCAUAGAAAAGUUAACU